AUGGGGGACUGGAACUUAUUGGGUGGCAUCCUAGAGGAAGUUCACUCCCACUCAACCAUCGUGGGGAAAAUCUGGCUGAGCAUCCUCUUCAUCUUCCGAAUGCUGGUACUUGGUGUGGCUGCUGAGGAUGUAUGGAAUGACGAACAGUCAGCAUUUGCCUGCAACACCCAGCAGCCAGGCUGCAACAAUAUCUGUUACGAUGAUGCUUUCCCAAUAUCUUUGAUCAGAUUCUGGGUUUUACAAAUCAUCUUCGUGUCGUCUCCUUCCCUGGUAUAUAUGGGUCAUGCACUUUAUAGGCUUAGGGAUUUUGAGAAAGAGAGACAGAGGAAAAAGUCAUAUCUUAGAGCCCAAAUAGAGAACCCGGAGCUUGACUUGGAGGAGCAACAAAGGAUAGAUAGAGAGCUAAGGAGGUUAGAGGAGCAGAAGAGGAUCCAUAAAGUGCCCCUGAAAGGGUGUCUGCUGCGGACUUAUGUCUUACACAUCUUGACAAGAUCUGUGCUGGAAGUAGGGUUCAUGAUCGGUCAAUAUGUUCUCUAUGGGUUUCAAAUGCAUCCCCUUUACAGAUGCACUCAACCGCCUUGCCCCAAUGCAGUGGAUUGCUUUGUAUCUAGGCCAACAGAGAAGACCAUUUUCAUGCUCUUCAUGCAAAGCAUUGCAGCUAUCUCCUUGUUACUCAAUAUCCUGGAAAUAUUUCACCUGGGAGUCAGGAAAAUCAUGAGGGCACUUUAUGAGAAACCUGGCAAUGGGGACAUUGAGAAUGAAAGAAGCCCUUCAUUCAAUUUGAAGAAAUACUCAGGGCCCCAGCCAUGUACUAUUUGUAAUUCCUUACCUGAAAAAAUGUCUCUACUUCAAGCCAACAAUCAACAGCAAGUCACCCGAGUCAAUGUGCCAAAGUCUAAAUCAAUGUGGCAAAUCCCACAGUCCAGGCAACUUGAGGUAGAUUGGUCCUCCAGCAAAAGAGACUGGGCGGAGAAGGAUCAGCACAGCGGACAGCUCCAUGUCCACAGCCCCUGUCCGGAGGGCAAUAACCAAAUUCAGCACCCAGGACAGCGACCAUGCCGUUCUUCAGUUGGCCUACAGAGCACAAUGUCCCAGUCCUGGCUAGGUACAACAAUGGCUUCUCAACACUGUCCAACCUAUGCAUUAGGAUCUUGGGAGAAAUCCCAGGAUCUGGAGCCCUCGGGGGGACCUCUCACAGAUCUACAAAGUCAUUGCAAAGACAGUGACGGCAGCGUGAGAGGGAGUGGUGUCUGGAGAGAGAGAUCUCACCCAGGCAGUCGCAAGGCCAGCUUUCUGUCACGAAUGCUGUCUGAAAAGGGACAGCUGCGUGACUCAGGAACUUCCAGUUCUCUGAGUAGCUCUUGCUUGGACUUAGCUUACCGGGAAAACAGCACUUCUCCUCUGCCUUCAGCCACUGGGCACAGAACAUCAAUGGUAAGUAGACAGGCAGCUAUUGCAGUCACAGAAUAGACACAAGAACUGAUCUGUUCUUGCUAG